AUGUUGUAUGAGGAGGGAAAAGGUGCACUCCUUUGGCUGCAACUAGAAAUCAUAUGGAUGUCCAACAAUCAAAGUAUAUUUGCAUGGUGCUGGACAGGGUGCAAGGACAUAGGGUGGUCCCCCAGCUUUCUUGCAGAGGAGCCUGGCUACUUUCAUGAUUGCUCAGGCAUACAGUGGAUGGAUGUAAACACUCUCUGGAAAUGCCACCAGCUAGUGAAGUACCCACUGGAUAUCAAGGCAUAUCCAGAGAGAUUUCAAAUGUUCAUGGUCACUAAUCAUGGGAUUCAAAUAUGGCUAUUUCUGAAGAAUGAUCAGUCUUCCCCAGAUCUCUACUCUGUGAUGCUGGCAUGCCGAAAGGUUGGAGAGCAGAGUCCCAUUGUCAUUAAAAUGUGGCAAUUCAACUCCAACUACUCUUGGUGUUUUUACCAUCACCCAAUUGCCUGGAAUGACAAAGAGCUGGCCAAAUUCAAGCAACUUUUUCUUCCCUACCAAGACAAAGUUUUUAAUAGCCCCCUGGCCAGACAGAACCAGUUGCCACAGAUUUCGUUUGUAGACAUCAUACCCAGCAAUAUCAUCAUUGUACUUAUGACUAUUGGAGAGCAGAUCAUCAAAAGUCUUAUCAGAACCUCACAAGAAGAGGGGGCAGAUAGGCUCACAGUCCCUACAAUAACUGUCAUUGCAUAUGUGUGCAUCAGCCAAGGGAAAUGCUAUGUGUUUCUAGACAUGCCAGCAUUCAAACCACAAGUGUUUGAGGUUAUACUCAGGAAAUUAUAUGAUAUGGAGGCAAUUGGUCAUCUAAGGGUGAUAACAACCAUGUGGGAUGUGGUUUAUUUCCAAUUUGCAAUGGAAGUGGAGCACAAAUUGAUGAUGUGUUGCGAGUCACUUGUCAAAGCAGGUGCAAGUUGCCAAUGGUUUGUCAAUAAUCAAGAAUCAGCAUGGGGAAUCUUACAUGACCUAGGGGAUCAGAAGGUGCCACUUUUAUUUCAGAAGGAGAUGGAGGAAGGAAUGGACUUGUGGGAAACAUCUGCGCUCCAAGGAUUUGCUCUUCCAUGUGAAAUGUAG